AAACGCGUCAGUCGUUUUUUAGCCACUCAAACGAACUGUUCAAAAGCGGACCGAUUUUCAAGUGCGCAACCAGUUGAAUUCUUUUGCAACUGCACUUUGUCUUCGAGGACUCGCUUUCUAGAAAGCAUUUCUUUUCGCCAGGACUCAGUACUCCUUUAGAUUCCGAGUGCGCGGGUGUGCGAGUGUGUGUCCCGUCUCUCUCGCACUGCGUGUGUCUGUGUGCGUGAGGCGAGCGCGAUUUAAAAAUAAAACGGCAAAUACAUAAUAAAAAAAAAGAAAUAUCGAAGAGCAACAGCGGCAGGCGUACCAACACAAACAAACCGAUACCAGCCAGCCGUGUGUGUUUACACAGUGUUGUGCGCUGGUGUUUGUGAACCAAAGUUUCCUCCUAACCAUACUUAAACCAAACCAAAUCAGAAAAACACGAUCUCGUUCGCAUGUUUGCGAGUGCAUUUUAUGGACGCCUCAGACUCAUUUGCCUGUGGAAGCCAGUCGGACAUUGAUUGGGCCAAGAGCCUCGUCAAAGGGUCCCAGAACAAGAACUGAAAUCGAAACUGAAACUGAAACCGAAACCGUUGCACUGAUCACCAUACCCAUUCAGCUUUCACAGCUAAGCAUCCAAAAUCACAAUACCAUCAUCAUAUCCAUAUUGGGUAGAGCCAGAGAGCAUGAGCCUGUGGAAGCGCAUCUCCAGCCAUGGCGACUGCGAGCAGCGUAUGGCGGCCUACUACGAGGAGAAGGGCCUCCUCGACCUGCGCCUCUGCUUGGCGCCCUGGAUCGAGGACAGGAUAAUGUCCGAGCAGAUCACACCCACCUCCACGGACCAAUUGGAGCGCGUGGCCCUCAAGUUCAACGAGGAUCUGCAGCAGAAGCUUCUCUCCACGCGCACCGCCAGCGAUCAGUCGCUCAAGUUCCGGGUGGUGGAGCUUUGCGCCCUCAUUCAACGCACCUCCGCCGUCGAGCUGUACACACAUCUGCGCAGCGGCCUGCAAAAGGAGUUGCAACUGGUAACCGAGAAGAGUGUGGCUGCCAGCGCAGGCCAAUCGAUGCCGCUCAAUCCCUACAACAUGAACAACACGCCCAUGGUUACCGGCUACAUGGACACCAGUGACCUGCUGGCGGUGUCCAACCAAAGCUGCAAUCCGUCGGUGGUCCAAAGCAUGGCUGCCAUACACAAUGUACAAAAUACCGGCGGCAUGGUAUCGCCAGCCCUCGGAAUGGCCGCGCCCAAGGUGGAGCUGUUCGACUUGAAGCACCAGAUCAUGCAGAGCCUCAACGAGUUCGGCCAAUGCGCCAACGCCUUGAAGCUGCUUGUCCAGAACUAUGGCUACAUGCUGAACGCCACAUCCUCGCCGAACGCGGAGGUUGCCUUCAGAAGUCUGAUGGAUGAGAAGGCGUCCAUUGUGAACAGAAUGCGUCGCAGCUUUAUGUACUACGAGUCGUUGCACGAGAUGGUCAUACACGAGCUGAAGAACUGGCGCCACCAGCAAGCACAGGCCGGAAACGGAGCUCCAUUCAAUGAGGGCUCGCUGGAUGACAUCCAGAACUGCUUUGAGAUGCUCGAGACAUUCAUCGCCCACAUGCUGGCCGCCGUCAAGGAGACGAUGCGCGUACGGCUGGUCAGUGAAGAGCCGGAGCUAACAAUUCUGCUUGAACAGGUGCAGAAUGCGCAGAAGAACCUGGUCUGCUCCGCCUUCAUUGUGGACAAACAGCCGCCGCAGGUUAUGAAGACCAACACACGGUUCGCGGCAUCUGUGCGCUGGCUUAUAGGCUCACAGCUGGGCAUCCACAACAAUCCGCCCACUGUCGAAUGCAUCAUCAUGUCGGAGAUCCAGUCGCAACGCUUCGUAACUCGCAACACGCAGGUGGACAACAGCAGCCUGAGCGGUCAAUCGUCUGGCGAGAUUCUAAACGCCUCCAGCACCAUGGAGUUUCAGCAGAGCAACCAUUUGUUCUCAGCCAGCUUCCGCAAUAUGCAGCUGAAGAAGAUCAAGCGGGCUGAGAAGAAGGGCACCGAGAGCGUUAUGGAUGAGAAGUUCGCCCUGUUCUUCUACACCACGACCACUGUAAACGAUUUCCAGAUCCGCGUGUGGACCCUGUCACUGCCCGUGGUGGUGAUCGUCCAUGGCAACCAGGAGCCCCAGUCCUGGGCUACCAUCACUUGGGACAAUGCGUUCGCGGAGAUUGUGCGCGAUCCCUUCGUGAUCACGGAUCGUGUUACCUGGGCCCAGCUGUCGGUUGCGCUAAACAUUAAAUUCGGCUCCUGCACUGGGCGCUCACUGACUAUUGAUAACCUGGAUUUCCUUUACGAGAAGCUUCAGCGUGAGGAGCGAUCCGAGUACAUUACGUGGAACCAGUUCUGCAAGGAGCCCUUGCCCGACAGGUCCUUCACCUUCUGGGAGUGGUUCUUUGCCAUCAUGAAACUGACCAAAGAUCAGAUGUUGAACAUGUGGAAGGCUGGCUGCAUCAUGGGCUUCAUCAACAAGGCCAAGGCGCACGCUGAUCUGCUGCGCUCAUCGUAUGGCAUCGGCACCUUCCUGAUUCGCUUCUCCGACAGCGAGCUAGGUGGUGUCUCCAUCGCCUACGUAAACCCAUUGGGGGAAGUCACCAUGCUGGCGCCCUGGACUGCCCGUGAUUUCCAGGUGCUGAACCUGGCCGAUCGCAUUCGCGAUCUGGACGUGCUGUGCUGGCUGCAUCCCAGCGAUCGCAACGCCAGUCCCGUGAGAAGGGACGACGCCUUUGGCGAUUUCUACUCAAAGCGUCAAGAUCCCGUGACCGGCUAUGUGAAGAGCACAUUGCACGUCCACGUUUGCAGCAACGGGGACAAUGUGUCCACUAGCGGAACACCGCAUCAUCACGGUGCGCAGGAAAACAUGCAGUUGGGAAAUGACUCGCCACAAAGCGCCGUCGCUUUCUCGCCCCAAAGCGUCGUUCCUUACUCGCCAGAAAGCGUCGACACUUGCUAUAGCCCACCGAGACAUGAGGAAUCAGAUUCCGCACCUAUCGUUACGUUCGAUGUCAUAGAACAAAUUCUGAAUGGCGUCCCACCCAACGACCCUGUGAUAAAUGAAAUCAGUGAUGCCAUAAUGAAGAGCUCCUAUAGAGAUGGUGACUUUGGAAUGACGGACUUCGACUCGAUGGCGCAAUUUGAGAACUUUUGAAACUAUAGAAAUAGAGAAGCCUAUGUAUAAACGAAAUCAGAUAGCCGCCUGACCGUGUGCCGCUAUCUUGGAAGUCCGACGAUGAUGUUUACGCCACCUCAACGAUUGCAACGAUCUGGCGCAUGACUCAUUGUGCUAUUCGAAAGUUUUAUUUAAUGUUAUCUAGAUGUAAUUAUUAGAUUUGCGAAUGCAUCGUGUAGUGGAAGGUUUUGUUUUGCUUUUUGUGAAACGCCAAACCACAAGAACAACAUCAACAACAACAAUAAGAUCUACCAGAGCAAUGCAUGCAAAUUGCGACACCUCAACACAAACACCCACAGCACACAGCCAGAACAUUGACUCUAUCGUGAUUAUGAUUGUGUCUGACUUAUGCAGAAUUUAGAAUUUCUGUGUUGUAUAAACCUUUGGAAUGUGUCCGCAUGUUAUUCGUUUUAUAUUUUUAUAUAUACCUUUAUAUAUGUAUGCAUAUAAUUUCUUUUUUUUGUACAAUGGACGUGUUCGUCUGUGACAAAGCAUUACGUUUAAAUGGUAAUGAUGAGAGAAUCGGUUUAGUUAGUUAGUAACUAUUUGUUGAAUCUAAAUUUUUGAUUUUGAUUUUAAUUUUAAUCGCCUUAGUUUUAGAACUUUGAAAUACAAAUUACUUCGCGUGCUAAGCCUAUGUUAAUCGAAGAUGAAACAAAUCAACGAGAGCAGCAACGCAAGAAUUGUUUGCGUUUAUUUUAGUCUAUAUUUAAUCUAAGUAACAUUGUGAAUUGCUUUAUAACCCAUCCUUUAUUGGCUUCCAUUGCUGAAAAUGCGCUAAAAUUUAACCAAUCCGUGUAUAUUUUUUUUGAAACUUGUUUGUUUGAGUCAUCAGGGCAGAGUUUGCAAUGCAUUUCAAAUGCGCCAAAUGCGAUUGCCUUUUUAGUCAGCUAUCAGAGACACGAGAAGCACACUCACACCGCUUGCAAGGGGAGAUCGUAAACAUAAUCAAUUAUGUAAACAACAACAAUAAUAACACAACACUACACUUAGCUUUGUACGUGAACCUUAAGAAUUUUAUAAGACUUAAGUACACCCCCAAAUAAAUAAACAAUUCAAUAAACAAUUGAAACACUUGAAUGCGAA